AUGAAUCUAUCAAUUCCUCUAUUCUUAUUCAUUUUCUUCUUCACCAAAUCGGCAAAUGGUUUCCUUAACUCGAUCUCGGCGUUGAAUGAGUUAGCCGAAUUGGGCAAGAAAGUCUACGAUUUCUUCGAUGACAACAAGGCUCAAACCACAGUCGGGGUGAUGCUCUCGAAAAAUGUGACAGCCGAGAAAAAAAUACAGAUUGCUUCACAACUUGCCGAGCCAGCGAUUCGCACGAAUCCGAAGCUGAAUCGAUUGAAUCAGGAUUUGAGGGAGGAUUUGAACGCGACACUCACCGGAUUACGGAAUAAUUGGCUAAUGAAACGCACGUUGGAUUCGGUUUUGAAACAAAAGCUUAAAUCAAGCAUUGGCAGUAUGCUGCAAAAUGGAACCAUUGAAAAAUUGCCUGUCUCUUUUGCGAAAGACGCGAACCGAAAACUCGCCGAAGCUCUCUACCAAAAUGGCCGGUUGACGAUUCAAUUGGCGAAUAAUAUUUCUGGAAUUGAAAUUUUGGGUGACGGGACCUCGCAUGAUAGUCUGAUUAUCGAUUUGGGAAGGGCUAUAACAACGAAAUUUGAGAGUCUUUCCAUUGAAUGGAGCGAAAAGUUGUCCUCGGUUCUCAACGGCGUUUCGGCGAACAAAAUGCUUAUCGAAACGUUUCAAGGAAAAGUGAUGGCCGGUCUUGAGCUGCUGGGAAACGAGAUGAACUUCUCGAAAGCGACCACCGACGAUUUUCGGAAGAAUCUUUACAAAACAUUUGAUGUCUGUUUCGAUACAACGAUGCAAAACAUCCAAGCCAAGUACGAAAAAGAGCCGGGAGUGCUGCAAAAGCUUCGAACACAGUUCGAAUCUCAAUUCGAUGUUGCUCAAAGCGGAUCCGAAUUCAGUUUGACAAAUUUGUGGAAAGAAACGAGCACAGCAGAGAAUUUGGAGCUGAUGACUGAAAUGGAGAGACUUUUCGAGAAGAAAUUGACCGAACACUUGGCGACGCAAUAUUUCAACGACAACGAGUUGGGCCCAUAUCUCGGGCGAUCGAUCCAUUUGCUCCAGAAAACGAUGGAGACAAAUUUCAAAGAUAUCAACGAGCAGCUUUCGUUUCAAAACAGCGAUCUCAAGAAUUUCAUCGAAAAUCAGGCACAUUUGGAGCACGAGAGGAAAUUCAUUGAGAAAGUCCUCGUGCCAGUCAAUCUGACAAUGGCUCAGAAAUUGGAGUACUUGAAGUUCAACACAAAUAAAAUCUAUUGGAGAAGAUUUCAAGAUCUCUACGAUCACCACAAAAUCGUCUCGAUUCCAGAGGAAAUGAGAAUCUAUUACGAGAGAAAUCUCAAAGAACUUUUGCAAUAUGAGAAAAGAAGAGACGAAAAAUUUGAUUUCCAAGCGUAUGAGCAUUUCCGAGAGCUUUACAUUCAUGUUUAUCAAAUGGCGUGGGAUCUUCGACAUUUCCGCGAAACUCAAGAUCAAGUCGAUCUCGACGCUGAAUUCUUGCAAAGAGAGCACGAGAAAAAGGAGAACGCGACGAGGGAUUUCCGCGAAACUGACAGAAAGCUUCGAAAAGACGUGGCCACUCUCGAGUUCAAUCAUUUCGCGAAUGGGAAGAUGAGAGACUCGGUGCACGAUUUGAGCGACGAGUUGGGCGAAUCCGAAUUCGAGAUGAUCUUUCGUACUUCUACAAAGUUCUCAAUGGACAUCUCUGGAAAGACACCGGAAAACCAUUGCAAGAAGCAAAGUUUCACUUUGAUUCACGAAGGACAUCACCAUGGGCAUAUCAUUCGACAAAAUAGCACUGAGGGAGCGCAAUUCUUUCUUUUCCGCGAACACGAUGAAAUUAGUAAAAGCUUUUGGCAAGAUUUACUCACGCAAAUCUAUGAUGGUUUCUCGAAUCUGGACCCAUUUGCGACAAGCAGUAGCCCGUUGACAAAAGAGAGCUACAUUGAAAGCCUUCGAGUGGCCAGCCAUAAAGCUGUUGUAAAAAUUUGCACGGAAAAGAUCAACAAUAAACAUAAAUGCAAAUUCGUUUUAACUUCACGUGCUCAUUGCCUCUUUCCCCGGGAAAGCAAAGAGAAUUUCAUCACUUUCGUCGGCCCGCACAAAAGCAUCAAAAUUGUGAUCGGACUU